CAGGUAAAUUCCGCGCGCUUCAUUGUGAGCUCCGCGCGUCACCAGAUGGAGAAACCAGUCCCGGUGUGUGCACGAGGAUGAAUUACAGUGUCGCGCCUCUCGAGAGACUCCGGAUCAAAAUGUCAACUUCAGUUUUCACUCUGUAGGAAAAAUAAAACAACAACAACAACAACAAAAUAAAAGAAACUGCGCGGGAUUUAUUUCUCCUCACUUCAUCCAACAAACUGUCAAGUGGAGAAGCGGAGAGGAAGAAGUUGUCCGUGAUUUUACUGAAUUCGCUGAGGGUGCUUCGUCGUGACCUCAGACCAUGGCCUACACUCUAGGCUCGACCACUGAGGGCCAGACACGCAGUGUUGCACCUCAACACUGCGUCACUCGGGUGGAGCUGUCCGUGACCGCGACCAGCCUGCUGGACCGAGAUGUAGCCUCUAAGUCGGACCCGUUCUGUGUUCUCUUCCAUGAAGUGGAUGGAAACUGGGUGGAGCUUGGCCGCACUGAAACAGCUGUGAACAACUUGAACCCGGUGUUUGGAGUGAAGUUUCAGGUGGACUACCACUUUGAGGAGAUCCAGAAGCUUCGCUUUGCCAUGUUCGAUGAAGACAAGUGUGCCACGCAGCUCUACGAGCACGACUUCCUGGGAGAGUUCAUUUGUACACUGGGAGUGAUCGUGUCCAAUAAGAAACUUCACAGACCGCUGAUCUUAGCCAAUGGGAAGCCAGCUGGCAAAGGAUCCAUUAUGAUAACCGCUCAGGAGCUGUCUGACAACAGAAUCAUCACUUUGACCCUGAGUGGGCGUAAACUGGAUAAGAAGGACUUUUUCGGGAAAUCAGACCCCUACCUGGAGUUUCACAAGCAGGGAGAAGACGGCAAAUGGAUGCUGGUGCACAGGACAGAGGUCAUAAAGAACACUUUAGAUCCAGCGUGGAAACCCUUCACUGUGCCGCUUAUUUCUCUCUGCAAUGGAGAUGUGGACAGAAACAUCAAGGUCCUGUGUUAUGACUACGAUAAUGAUGGAGGACACGACUUCAUAGGAGAGUUUCAAACGACGGUUGCCAAGAUGAGCGAAGCCCAGAACUCAGUGGAGGUGGAGUUUGACUGCAUCAAUCCCAAGAAACAGAAGAAGAAGAAGAAUUAUAAAAACUCUGGAAUUAUCAUUGUCAAGUUAUGUAAGAUUACAAGAGACUACACUUUUCUGGAUUACAUACUGGGAGGAUGCCAGCUCAUGUUUACAGUCGGUAUAGAUUUCACAGCAUCUAAUGGGAACCCUCGAGAGCCGUCUUCCCUCCACUACAUCAACCCGCUGGGCAGCAACGAGUACCUCGCUGCCAUUUUAGCCGUGGGACAAAUAAUACAGGACUACGAUACCGACAAAAUGUUUCCUGCUCUGGGAUUUGGAGCCCAACUCCCACCAGACUGGAAGGUGUCACACGAGUUUGCGAUCAACUUCAACCCCACGAACCCGUUCUGUUCAGGGGUGGAGGGUAUCGCCCAAGCCUACUCCGCCUGUCUCCCUCACAUUCGUUUCUACGGCCCGACAAACUUUGCUCCGAUCAUAAACCACGUAGCACGCUUCGCUGCCCAGGCACUCCAACAAGAGAAAGCAGCGCAGUACUUCACCCUCCUCAUUAUAACAGACGGUGUCAUCAGUGACAUGGACGAGACACGUCACGCCAUUGUACAGGCAUCUAAGCUACCCAUGUCCAUUAUUAUCAUCGGCGUGGGCAACGCAGACUUUGCUGCCAUGGAGUUCUUGGAUGGAGACGCCAGCGUUUUGAGGUCCAACACAGGAGAGGAGGCCGUGCGGGACAUCGUGCAGUUCGUCCCUUUCAGGGAUUUCCGUAACGCGCCAAAGGAGACCCUCACUAAGUCAGUCCUGGCCGAGCUGCCUCAGCAGGUCACCCAGUAUUUUAAACAGCGGAACCUACCACCCAUUAACCCGGCACCGGAGUGAGACCGCCGAAAGCCCUUUCCAGCACACAGAAUAUGAUGAUCAUGUGUAAAGGACCAUGCAUGUCUACAGUGAUGGCAGGUGUCUCCAAAUAAUAUGGAUAUAUAUGAAUAUGCAGGUAAACACACACCAUUUUUUUAGAGAAACGAAGAAUAUCUUGAUUUAUCAGGAUGUAGUUUUUUUUGCAUGUGUGUAUUGUGAUUGAUAUCAUGUGGUACAUACAACUCCUUGGUGUAAAGUCCCUCCUAAGCUGAAAUAUACCAGUGGUUGAAUCCCCCUCCCGUUGUCAUAUGGAGCCUUUUCAGGUAGCGGAUCAGAUGAAGGCUGUUUGCUUUUGUGCUCACAUGUGGCGGACUCACAGCUUGAGCCUGAACAGAGCACUGUUUCUUCAGCACUGCUCCGUCGUCAGGGUGGUGGUUUCAUUUUAAAAAUUUUGACCACCAGUCGUCCCCAAAAAUGACAGGUUUUAAUGCUCCACUAUGCUUAUUCGAUUCAAAAGGACGGAAGCAGAGCAGGACGAGGGCGUAAUGGCAGCUGUAGCACUAACACGGGAUAGAUACGGGAUAAUGUGUGAACUCAUUAGGAUGUUACAUAUGGGACCAUUUUGCUAGCUUUUGCAAAAUCCUUUGAUUUCUAAUGACUUCGGUUUAUCCUGCAUGUUGCUAAUAUCUACUCACUGUUUACAGACUGAUGCUGUUGAUCACAAACGCAUGAUUUUUUUUUUCUUCUCAAAUAAUGUAUUUAUCAGAUUUUGUAAAUAUUUUAGCGAUAUUCUGUUGAAAUGAGGAAGAAGCGUAACAUGACACAGAAAGUGCCAGAGAAGGCUGUUGGUGUCAGAGUUUUAAUGAAUGGAAGCAGAAGAGGAGUUCCUGAUAUGCAUAUAUAUCGAAUGUAUAUUUAUAUGACUGUUUAUGUUCUGAUAUGAUGUUUUUAAUGUACUUUUUAUGCAGUGCUCUCAAUUGUGUACUUCAAACUAUGUGUAUUGCUGUGCAUCUUUGUACUAAAUGUGUUGCUAUUGUUUUUAUAAAGUUGUGUCUAUGUCCACACUCAGGUUAAUAAACUGAAGGAAGUGU